AUGCAACACUCACCACUUUUUCCUAUCAAUUCCAAAUGUCCUCAGAUCCCCAGAACAUCACGACUCCUGGUGCAGCACACCUCUGAUUGGCCAUCCCCAGCAGAGGUCAGAGGAGCCACGGGGAGCCGCACCACUGUCACCGAGUUUGUCCUGCUGGGGCUCUCAGAUGCCUGUGAGCUGCAGAUGCUCAUCUUCCUGGGGCUCCUCCUGACCUGCCUCCUCACUCUACUGGGGAACCUCUUCGUGGUCCUCACCCUCAUGGACAGGCACCUCCACACCCCCAUGUACUACUUCCUCCGCAACUUUGCCAUCCUGGAGAUCUGGUUCACCCUGGUCAUCUUCCCCAAAAUGCUGUCCAACAUCCUGACAAGAUACAGGACCAUCUUCCUGGCAGGUUGCUUUCUUCAGUUUUUCCUCUAUUUCUUCCUGGGAACCACAGAAUUCUACCAACUGGCAGUGAUGUCCUUUGACAGGUAUGUGGCCAUAUGUAAACCCUUGCGUUAUGUCACCAUCAUGAGCAAAAGGGUCUGUGUCCAGCUAGUUCUUUGUUCAUGGAUGACAGGAUUCCUUAUCAUCAUCGUUCCAAGUUUCAUCAUAUUUCAGCAGCCAUUCUGUGGCCCCAAUAUCAUUAAUCAUUUCUUCUGUGACAACUUUCCACUCCUGGAACUCAUAUGUGCGGACACAAGUCUGAUUGAGCUUUUGGGUUUUAUUUUGGCCAACUUCAGCUUACUGGGCACUCUGUCCGUGAAGGCCACCUGCUAUGGCCACAUCCUUCACACCAUCCUGCAAAACCCCUCAGCCAAGGAGAGGCAGAAAGCCUUCUCAACCUGCUUCUCCCACAUCACUGUUGUCUCUCCCUUCUAUGGCAGUUGCAUCUUCAUGUAUGUCCAGUCAGGCAAGGGUGGCCAGGGCAAGGACAGGAACAAUGUGGUGGCCUUGCUCAAUACCAUGGUGACCCCGAUGUUCAACCCCUUCAUCUACAUCCUGAGGAACAAACAGGUGAAGCAGGUGUUUAGGGAGCAGAUGAACAAGCUCUUCUUACAAAGAUGUACCGGACCUGAGAGGAGGGGAGGAAGUUACCUCCUUGCCUGAACCUCUGCAAAUGCAGCUUCUAUCCUGAUCUCCAUGAACUAUCCCCUCCUAGAUAGUUUUCAGCAUGUCCUCUAAUCUACAGUGGUUUCUCACAUGCAUCAUUAUUGGCUCACACAGUCUUCUCAGAGUACAGAAAGCUCAGCGUACCACAGCUAUGUCUGGUAUGUCUUAAUGUUUCUGACCCUAGCCUAUACCUGAGUUUCUUAAUCUUGCCUCAUUUUUAAGUUAUAAUUAUAAACUUAACAUACCUUCUUCACUAGAACAUUUCAAAAUUGAUU